UAAAUUAAAAAGAAGGAGAAGAAGAAGAAGACAGGAAGACGAAGACGACAACGAACGAGUAUGGAACAAUAGCUCGAAUUUAACAAGGCAACAGAAAGAGCGUUGUAUGAGGGUCUGCAGCCCAAAAUAUUACCAAAAUUGCAAUUUAAGUUUCAGUCUUUGAUGGAUUGGUGACAGUAUCAGGCCUCCCUCAUCAUUCACACUCUCUGAUGAUCCCACACUCUACAAAACUGUAUGCAAGCACCUUCUGUCUAGACAGCACACCACAGCUUUAGUAAAAUAUGGCAGAUGCUCAAGAUCAAAUUCCUGGUUGCACAGGCUUCCAAAAACCAGCUCAAAAGACAGUAAAGCCUUCCACCACAGUCAAGAAACACAAACACUUGUCUCAGAAGCUCUCACACAGAUCAACGCAGAGAGCUCGAGUGAACAUUGGAUUGGCACUGAAAAGGUGGCGUGCACUGAAAGCAGAAUAUGGAAUGAGGUCUGAUGCAGAAGUUGCCCUGCGUCUUCUGGAUUUAAGAAGAAGCAUGAAGAGUUUGUCUCCUGGGUCACCUCCCUCUGGAUCCAGUGAUAAAAAGAUUAAAUUCUCCCAAUCUGAAGUGCAGACUCUGAUUGAGGAGGAGGUGUGCAGAACACUGCAUAGGAAUGAAACCAAGCUGCGGCAUUUAGUAGAAACCGUUGAACAGCUGGAUCAUGAAGUCAACUAUAAAGACUCCAUUCAGAAACUGGAGACUCGAGUGAACAUCAUAACCCAGAGGGCAGAAGCAGCUCUUGUCUACAUGGCAAAGAAAAAGAAAAAGAGCCCCCUGCCAUCUGUUAUUAAUGUGGACAUCAUCAGGUCGGACUCUGAGGAUGAAACCAUGGAAACCGAGUCUCAGAAUAACAAAAGAAUGGAGUGCAAGAGUGGGGAGAUCUUUCAAACAAUGGAAACCACAAAAAAGGCUCUGAAGAAAAUGCAGGCCGACAAUAAAGCGAUGACGGCUGCCAUAGAAGAUGUAAGUGAGGAGUUGAUUCCUCGAGUUCCUGCUUCUGAUGGCUCUCCUGAGAGUAAGGGACUCGUAAAGAAAGAGCCAGAAAGUUUGGAGGAAAAAGAAGAGAAUUUUGAGGUGGCUGGGCAGUCGCAAGCUGAGAUGGUGAAGAAGGAAAGUCUCUCUCCUAGAGAUAAUAAGGGUCCAAUGCCCACAUACUUAAAGCAGCCAAAGAGCAAGCUGUUGCAUCCUCCUCUUCCAUCCACCGCCUUCCCCUCCAUCCUCAACAUAGAAGCAGCCUUAUAUAACAUCCCCCAGAGACCAGAGGUGCGCCUGGCUCUCAUCAGGAAGCCCGCUGGCCUGUCUGUGCUGUGGAACAUGCCAGUGAAAGACCCUUUCGCGCCUCCUAUGGAGAGUUAUGGCAUCUUCAUGACCACAGAAAACGCCAAGGGUAGCGGCGUCUUCUCGAAAUGGACUAUGCUUGGCGAGGUGGCUGCCAUUCCUCUGCCAAUAUGUGUGAUGGUCAGCAAGUACAAGCCUGGGCGCAAGGUGUGUGUCGCUGUGGUGGGCAAAGACAAGUUUGGCCGGUACGGACCGUACAGCGAGGUUGUGACUGCAGCCAUACCUGAGUAGAUGGGCUCAAGGGAGAGUCCUUUUUGUUGUUGUUGUUGUUUCUGGAGGCACUGUUAUAGAUUUUUUUUUUUUGCAUUUUUCAUUUUGAAACAAAACAGUGAAAAAGCACAUAAAUGUAAAUAAAAACUGAACACAUACUGCAGUGCCUUCCAGCAUUGAUUAUAGCUCCAAUGGAAGCAGUAUCUUUCUCUGAGUAUUUAUCUCAUGUGUGUGCUCUGCCUCUAUAGAACCCACACACAGUGAAGUGCUAAUAAAACAGUUUCAUAAGUUUUAAUGUCACUUUUUUAUAGUUGGUGUGAAAGUCAGUAUGGUUUAACCAUUAACUUGUUAUUCAUUCCACACAAAAAAGUGAUUCCACAAAAUUUUAUCAUUCUGUGUGCAUUUUUUUUAUGAGACAAUAAAAUUGACUGUGUUUAACUGUA